AUGCCGCAGGGCCUAGCCAGCACCAGCUCUGAGCAAUUGCAGAUCAAGCGAGUGUCUUGCUACGGCCACCUUGGCUCCUGCAGGACGAGGGCUGGAGAAGAGAGCAAGAGGUGGGCAGUGCUGCAGUUCACGCAGCCGAGGGAACCUCCUCGGUCCGAAGCAGCAAAGGUCUCGGCCCGCAAGCUGCACACCACCCUCCGCAGCCACGAGGCACAAGCCGCACGCCUCCUGCAGCUGAGCCGGCUGGCCGAGCACGGGGCUCUGGUGGGCCUCAGGACUUCGCCCAGCACAGCGGUGCCCGCAAGAGACGGAGGACAAUGGGGCCAAAGGGUCGUCUUCGCCAUCCAUGAAAGGCGCUGCCUCCCGCGGCUGAGAGCUUCUGCCCAUCCUUGUGGGAAUGGGGUGGAUGGCGCCUGGGCCCACGCGAGUGGAGCAGGUGUCCUGCCGUCCCUGCGAGGGCAACACUGCCAGAGACCCGUUGCAAGCUGCCGAAAGCAACCUGCUCCCAAGCCAGAUGCCUGCGCAAGCGACUGGCUGCGGAGGCCGCUGGUGGCAGUGCCCGCUCCUGGCGCCAGGCAGGGCGCUGCUGGGCCCGCUCAGGGAUGCGGUGGGGACCGCGGGCACCAGGGCACUUCUGGCAGGCGGCUGCUCAGGCGGACCUUCUCCUCCCACAGCACGUACGGUAAGCUGUGGCGGGAGUCCCGCUUGGCCCUGACGGAACUCCUGGCCCAGGAGCUGCCCGGUGAGCCGGCCAAGCCGGAGCGGAGCCGCUCGGUCUUCUACCACACCGUGGCCACCCUCUUCCUGCGCUACGUGCAGACGGCGCGGCGCCUCGAGGCCUGCUACGACCAAGUGGUCCACCCGCAGAAGCGCAUCCUGCUCCGGCGGCUGCUCGACGGCGUGCUGGGCCGCAUCCUGGAGCUGAAGCAUGAGCUGGUGGAGCUGGACGUCUCCGAGUACCACUACAUGGACCACGUGCUGCAGGAGCUCAAGCUGACACCGGCUGACAUGGAGGUGCCCAUUCCCAAGUACUUCCUCAGUGAGCGUGCCAAGGUGCUCCAGGAGCGGAAGGAGGUGCUGGCAGGACUCCUUGAUCGUCCGCCACGCGCCGCCAUGCCGCGGGAGGAGGCGGUGAGGCUGGUGCAGAUGGCCGAGCGGAUGCGCCAGGGCCGCCUGCGGGCCCGCUUCAUGUGGGAGAUCCGGAGGGACGAGGAGCGGGAGAGGAAGGUACGAGAGGGUGGCCUCUCGAAGCCCAACCGGGAGCUAGCUGCCACCUGCAUCCAGAAGAUCUGGAAGGGACACGUGCAGCGGCGGCUCACCAAGCUGGCGCGGCAGAUGGAGAUGACGUUCAUCGGCAUGGAGCUGGAGCCGCACCGGACGGGCCCUUCCCCGGCCGCCAUCCGCGCCCAGCUGGGAGAGGAGCUGCGGCGCAUGCGCCAGGCGGACCACGAGGCCGAGUACCGCGACGCCCUGCUGCACGUGCGCGAGGCGCUGUUGGAGGCGGAGGGGCCGAGCCGGCGCGAGGCGCUGCGGGAGCAGCUGCGCCAGUGGCUCAUCGAGUGCCAUGACCUGACGGGCCGCUUCCCCGACUACCCCGAGAAGGAGAUCGGGGGCUGCGAGGUCCUCUUCGCCCACAAGACUCCAGAAGAGGUGAGGGCAGAGUUGGACCUGGCCGAGGCCAAGGCAGAUGCGAAGAAGAAGGAGAAGAAGAAGGAGAAGGAGAAAGGCAAGAAGGAGGCAGAGAAGGAGGCAGACAAGAAAGGGAAGGAAAGAAAAGGGGAGGAAGAUGAAGGCCUGACACUCUCGCCCUCCAAGUUCCUGGUGCCCCUCAACCAGGACUUCCUGCAGUACACAGGCUGCUGGAGUGACCAGGACGAGGCCAUCAACUUCGAGCAGCGCUACGAGCCAGAGCUCAUCAAGGCUGAGAAGCGGAGGGAGGUGGAGGCAGAGAUCCGGCUGCAGGUGGACGAGCUGAUGCGCGAGGAGCUCCGGAACCUGAGGCUGGCUGUGGAUCUCGAGGAAACAAAAGCCGCGAAGCCCCCCAAGGGCAGGAAGAGUGCCAAGCAGAAAAAAGGGAAGAAAGGCAAAAAGGAGAAGGACCUCACCCCUGAAAGAACCAUCAAUUCUCUGUACGAGGAGCUGGUGCUUCAGGGCAUCAUUAAAAAGCCCCAGAAGGUGCAACUGGCGGAGUACUCAGGAGAUUUCUGCUACCUGGGCACGCUACUGCGCCAGCAAGCGAUCGAGCCCACGCCCUCGACGCUGGACGUGCGGCAGAACGUCGCCCUGUACGCUGUCCUGCCCCUGGGCUCCCCGGUGGUGCACGAGCUGGCCCCCCCGGUGAAGUCCCUCCUCCUGGCCGGGCCCGCGGGCACCGGGAAGAAGAUGCUGGUUCACGCCGUGUGCACCGAGACCGGCGCCAACCUGUUCGACCUCUCCCCGGACAACCUGGCCGGCAAGUAUCCCGGCAAGAGCGGCCUGCAGAUGAUGGUCCACCUGGUGUUCAAGGUGGCCCGCCUCUUGCAGCCAUCGGUCAUCUGGGUGGGCAAUGCCGAGAAGACCUUUUACAAGAAGGUCCCAAAGGACGAGAGGGAGCUGGAUCCCAAGCGCUUGAAGAAGGACCUGCCCAGGGCCCUGAACCUGCUGAGGGCUGAGGACCGGGUGCUGCUGAUGGGCACCUCCAGCAGGCCCUACCUGGCGGACCUCAAAGGGCUCUGCAAGACCUACACACGGAUCCUGCUCCUCCCGCGGCCGGACUACGCCUCGCGCUACGUGACUUGGCAGCGGCUGGUCCAGAAGCACGGAGGGGUCGUGACAGGCAGCCUGGAUCUGAGCGCGCUGGCCAAGGUGUCGGACGGCUACAGCCAGGGCAGCAUGGCCCAGGCCGUGAAGGCGGUGCUGAGCGAGAGGCGCCUCCUGCAGCUCCCCAAGAGGCCCCUGAAUGCCAACGAGCUGCUCCAGAUGCUCGCCCGGGAGGACCCCAUCUACCCCGAGGAGGAGGAGAUGCUGAAGGAGUGGUACACCAGGACUCCGCUGGGCAAGCGGAGACUGAAGGAAGAAGAGGAGAAGCUCAAGGCUGCGGAAGCGAAAGACAAGAAGAGCAAGAGGAAUAAAUAG